AUGUACGAAAGGUUCCUAAAGAAGAUAAGUUUUGCUUGCACUAAUGUAUUACCAAAAAUUGUGACUGAGGAGAAGAAAGAAAAAAAAGGAAAUAGUUUUAAAAAUUCGAAAAAAUAUAGAAAAAAAAAUAUAGAUAACUGCAAAUUAUUAUUAAGGAUUGAAGAUAAGUUUAAUAAUAAUAAGAGAAAGAUAAAAGAGAAAAAUAAAUUACCAUGUUAUUAUAAAAAAGAGGAACGUCCAUUUUUAUAUAUGAUUAAAAAAAAAAAAAAAAAAAAAAGAGCUAUUCAUUUAUUUAAUGAAAUUGUUAAAACAUAUAAAGAUACAAAAUUUUUAAGUGAUUUUUCAUUAAAAUUUUUAUGCGAAUUUGUUAAAGAUGAAGAAUGUCUAAAUUAUUUAAAAAGAAGAGAGGUGUGUACAUUACUAUUAAUUUUAAGUCAGGAAUUUUUAGGAAAUAAUAAUGGCAAUUUAAAUAACGAUAGUAGUAAAGAAAGCAAUGAAAAUAACAACAGCAACAUUCUAUUUUCAAAUGAGAGAAAUCAUAAAAUUUUAAAACUAAGUUGUUAUUUAUUAAAACAUUUAUCAUUGAAUAAAUUAGAAAAUGAAAUAUUAGACGAUACAUUUAUGCUAAUAUUUUUAAUGAAAUUAAAUUAUAUUUUCAAUAAAAAAAAACAUGUCAAUUAUAAAGAUUUAAAGGAUAAUUACAGCUUUUAUUUUUACACAUUUUUGUUUUAUUAUUAUUUAUAUGUUUUUAACAAUACCAAAACUGUGGUUUUAUUUCCAAAUAAAAGAAUAUUUAAAUGCGAAUUCAAAACUAUAAAUGAAUUAGAAACCGUAUAUAAAAAAUAUGAGGAUACAAAAAAUAGCUUUUAUAAUAUAAAUAGAUAUGGGUCUUAUGAAUGUAAUAGUUAUGAUAUUUCAAAUUUAAAAACAAAAAAUGAUUAUAUUAACACACAAAAAUAUGAAGAUUUUUUAAAAUAUAAUUAUAUAAUAAAUUUUAAUAGUUUAAAAAAUAAAUUUAAUAUUUUCUUCAAAUUUAAUGAUGUAUCAAAUAUAAAUUUUGUAACCAAAUUUGACAAUUUCCAUGUUCUACAAAUUAAUUAUUAUUAUUGUAUAAUAAAAAAUCGAUCUGAUAUAAUUGCAAAAUCAGUGAAUACAAAUUUUCCUGUAUAUUUCAAUUUGUUGCUUAAGCUGAAUGAUAAUAUAAGUAACAAACGAUGGAAUAAUAAUGAAAGGGAAAAAAAUAAUAGUAGUAUUACUACUGAACAAGUUGGAAAGAAUGGAAACAAAUCGAAUGAUAUGUUUAGUAAUACAAAGGAUGACGAUAAGAGUAGAUAUAAUGAUGAUAAUAAAUCCACGAAUACUUUAUUACUAAAAAAUUUAAAUAACAAGGGAAAAAGAAAUAAAAAUAAAAUACUAUUAACAGAGCUUCUAUACCAAUCUUUAGAUUAUUUCACACUAAAUGAAGCUAUACAAAAUAAAAAAGAAGAUAAUAAUAUGAUUAAUAAUUGCUUAAGGAAAAUUAUUAAGCAUAUAGAGAAAAAAUAUAAACUGGAAUAUAUUAGUAAUCCAAAAGAGUUAGACAACACCGAAAAUAAUAGCAAUAAUAAGGAUGAUAAAGAUAGCAAUAAUAAUGAUAACAAAAAGGGAAAGAAUGAAAAAAAUGACGAUAAAAUAUUAUUUAGUGUAAUUAAUCGUGAUUAUAAUGCAAAAAAUAAAGACAAUUUAUUAAACAGAGAAAUGAUUUUGAAAAGAAUUGAUGAUUUGUUAAGAAUAACAAAAAAGUCAUCGUUAUAUGUAAAUACUGGUCUUCAUAUAAUUUUUAGAAACAUGUGUAUAAACAAUUUAAAUUCACUAAACUUAGAUUUAUUAUUUCUUAUUAAUUUAUAUUCAAAUAAUAAUUUUAAAAAUAAAUUUUUUCAUUAUAAUCAAAAUAAUAGGCCCCCAUAUUUAUCUAAUAAAAAUUCAGAGGAAAAUGAUAAUAAUAGUAAGAAUUUAGGGAAUGAAAAAGAUAAAUCAUUAAUUGAAAGUGAUCAAACGGAAAAGAAAAAUAAAGCAUCAUUAAAUAAUGGUACAAAUAACACAACUUCUUUUAAUGCUCCAACAUUAGGUUUACCAUUAUUAGGAAGUGGGAUCAAUAAUAAUGAUGAUAAUAAUAAUGUAGAAUCUAGAAUAAAUAUACAAGAUGCUAAAAAUAAAAAAAAUAAUAAAAAUAAUGAUAUACAUAAAGAAUUAACGUAUAUAAUUAAAAUUUUCGCUAAUUGCUUAUCAGAAAAUAAAUUAAAUUUUAAUUCUUUUUCUCUUUUAUAUUUUAUGUAUAAAAAUGUAUUACUAAAUAUAAUGGCAAUCUCAUUUAAUUUUCUAUAUAGUCUUAGUUCAGAAUUUUUUUUUUUCAAUGAUACAAUAAACUUAAUUUCACAAUAUAAUUUAAAAAAAGGUCAAAUACCAUGUACAUUAUACUAUGAUAGUAUAAGAGCUUUUACAAAUAUCAAAUCACAUUAUAAAUAUUUUUUAAGUAUGAUAAAAAGAGAAGAAAAAGAAAUUCCAAAAGAAAGUAUUAUCGAGAAAAAAAUUAAUGAGCCUCUUUUAUUUAGCAGUUUAUACAAAGAUAUAGACAAAUUUAAUGAGCAUAAAAUUGGGUAUGAUAGAAAAUGUACUAAAGAAAAUGAUCAAUUAAAAAAUAACAGCAAACAAAUAUAUCGUACACAUUUUGAGUUAUUUUUAGAAAAAGUUGACAACUUUUUAAAAGAUCAAAAUAUAUGGGAAGAAAUAAAUAAUAAAAAUUCAUUAACUCAUUCUUCUUUUCAAAUAACAAGAAGGAAAAAAAAAAAAAAACUGUUGGAUGAAAACAUGUAUAUGAUUGGUAAAUUUAAUUAUAAUUUUUACGACAUAAACGAUAGAUUUAUUCCUAUAUAUAUAUAUGCUAAAAAAAGUCUUAUAAAAAAAAAUAAGCAUUUUCGUAAAGACAAUGAAAAAAGAAAAUAUAAUUAUCAAUGGAAGGAACAAAACCUAGAAGAUAUACAUAAUAUCAUAGAGUUGGAGAAAAGUGAAAUAGAAUUAGAUAAAGAGAAAGAAAAUGUAAUUAACAAAAAAGGAAAAAAAAAAAAAAGCAUAAACGUUAUAUUUGUACACGGAUUACGAGGUCAUGCUCUUCGUACAUGGAGAUGUUCGAAUUUGUACAAGGGAUUUGCAGAUUAUAAUUUUUAUUACAAGAAAAACAAUUUUAAAAAUUGGAAGAAGAAAAAAGGAAAGAAAAAUAAAAGGAAUGAAUAUCAGGAUGAUGAACUAUUAAAUAAUUAUCCUUACAAUGUUACAGAAGAGAAAACAAAAAAUGAGAAUUAUAAUUCUAAUAUACAUAACAUAAAUAAUAAUAUAUCAACUGAUAUAAUAGAUAUAAAUUCAGGAAAAGAAACCAAUAAUGGGGAUGAUAAACUUAUGGAAGUUUUAAAUAAUCCAAACAGUUUAAAAGAAAAAAAAAAUGUAAUUUUAUUUGAUGACAUAAAAAAAGAAAUAAGAAAACAUAUAAAAAUAAAAAAUAAUUUUAAAUUGAUAAAUAAUGAUGAUAUUAUUAAAGCAUUAAUGCUAAAUUAUAAGCAUAACCAAAAUAUUAUUCCUAUGUUUGUAAAAAAUACAUGUAUAGACAAAAAAAAAUUUAAACAAUUAUUUUUAAAUAAUAAUAAAUUGAAAAGUGAGUUAGAACUAUACAAUGGCUCUGUGUCUUAUUUAGCAUGGCCUUUUUAUGUACUCCAUUUAAAUAGAAAAAAAUUGAAUGUGUUCAUAUUUAAUUAUUUUUCUCCGUUAUAUCCAAUUGGGACAUAUUAUACUCAAACUGGUUUUAAAAAAGAUAAAUGGAGCAAAAAUGUAGCAAAUAAAAAUGGAAGUGAUUUAUUAUCUGAGGAAAAGAAAAAUGAAAAUGUGGAAAAUAGUGAAAAUGAAGUAACCGAAACGAACGUAAAUGAGAACAGCAUAUAUUCUCAUUUAAAUCCACUAAAUAUUUUUUUUAAAAAAAAUGAAAAUACGAAAGAAAAAGGCUUUAAGGAACAAGAAAAAUAUUUUUAUACUGAUAGAAUGUCCUUAGAUGAGUUAUCAAAUUAUUUUUUAAUUAAAUUAAAAAAAUUAAAUAUUGGGAAAAAUAACGACAUUGUAUUUGUAGCUCAUUCCAUGGGUGGAUUAUUAACUCAGUAUGUAUUAUUAAAAGAUGAUAAUAUUUUAAAUAAAACAAAAAAUGUUUUUUUUUAUUCUUCACCACAUUUUGGGUCUCCAUUAUCUUCAACAGCCUUUUUAUUAAAAAACUUCCUAUGUCCAUAUGUUAUUCAAUUAAAUGCUUACAAUUCAACACUAACUAAUUUACAACAAAAUUUCAAUCAAAGAAUUAAAAACAAAGAUAUAAAAGUUUACUCUUUUUCUGAAUCUGAGAAAACACCACUCCCGUUUUUUGGUCUUCACACAAUGAUAGUUCCUUCAGUAUUUUCCUACCUAUACUAUUCAAAAAUAUUUUUGAUUAUCAAAAGUUGUGAUCAUUUGGAAAUUAGCAAAAUAAAUAGCGAAGCGGAUGUAAAAUAUUAUUAUUUAAAUAACGUUUUGAAGGGAAUGUUAAAAGAAGGACAACAUCAAAAGGUAGUUAAUCCAAAAUAG